ACCACGUUAGUUAUUUACCAUCUCACAAUUUCCUUGGUUUUUCUUCAUUAUUUUUAUAAUUCAAGGAAAGUAAAAUGAAAGGCUUAUGGAACUCGACGAGUAUCAAUCUAGUUACUCUUUCUUUUAUUUUCUUUUUCGUUUGUUAUUUCGAAGACGUGUUUGCGGCUCCUCCUACUACUAGACAUUUGUGUCGUCCCGAACAAAGGGAUGCACUCCUGGCUUUCAAAAACGAGUUUCAGAUUGGGAGGCUUUCUCGUUGUUAUUCAUAUGGUCAUCCGAAGACGGAGUCAUGGACGAAUAACAGUGACUGCUGUAGUUGGGAGGGUAUCACGUGCAAUGCCGAGUCCGGAGAAGUGGUCGAGCUAGACCUUCGAUGCAGCUUUCUCCAUGGACGGUUUCAUGCCAAUAGCAGUCUUCAAAACCUUCCUUUUCUAACCACUCUUGACCUUUCAUAUAACAAUCUUACUGGCCAAAUCCCAGAUUCCAUUGGAAACCUUUCUCAUCUUAUCAAUCUCCGCCUUGCGGGAAAUCAUUUCAGUGGUCGGAUUCCAUCUUCCAUUGGAAACCUUACUCAACUCACCUCUCUCGACCUUUCUCAAAAUCAAUUAUCUGGUCAACUCCCGUCUUCGGUUGGAAACCUUACUCAACUCACCUCCCUCCAGCUUUCUAAUAAUCAAUUGUCUGGUCAAAUCCCAUAUUACAUUGGAAACCUUCCUCAUCUCAUCUCUCUCGAUCUUUCGAGAAAUAAAUUCAGUGGUCGGAUUCCAUCUUCGAUCGGAAACCUUUCAGUGGCGCGCUUCCUCCUAAUAUCUCUCCACUACGAUUGACUUGAAUGAUAUCUUAUCAUAUUCCAAAAGCCUCUAUUAUUUAGAUCUCUCGGGAAACCAUGUUUCAACAACAAACAAAAGUUCAGUUUCAACUCCCCUUUCACAAGGGAUAUAUUCUUUGUACUUGUCAGGCUGCGGUAUCACCGUGUUUCCAGAGCUCCUAAGAACCCAACAUGAAGUGGCGCAUCUAGACAUCUCCAACAACAAAAUCCAAGGUCAAGUUCCUGGCUGGUUAUGGACUCUACCAAACUUGACAUACGUGAAUCUUUCCAACAACACUUUCAUCGGUUUCCAAAGAUCAACGAAGAAACAAGGACUAUCCUCUGUCCGGAAACCAUCUAUACGGUACUUGUUUGGCUCCAACAACAACUUCACGGGCAAGAUUCCUUCUUUCAUAUGCGAGUUGCGUUAUCUAGAGACUCUCGAUUUAUCUGAAAACUACUUUAACGGUUCAAUCCCUCCUUGUAUGGGAAAUCUCAAUAGUACUCUUUCAGAUCUAAACCUUCGUCAAAAUAAUCUUAGCGGAGGUCUUCCAGAGCAUAUAUUUGAAAGUCUAAGGUCGCUUGAUGUCGGUCAUAACCAACUUGUGGGGAAACUUCCAAGAUCUUUGAAUCGUUUCUCAACUCUUGAAGUUUUGAACGUGGAAAGCAACAGAAUCAACGACACGUUUCCCUUCUGGUUGGGUUCUCUACAAAAGCUGCAAGUUCUUGUCCUUCGCUCCAAUGCAUUUCAUGGACCAAUACAUCAAGCCUCCUUCCCUCAGUUGCGAAUCAUCGACAUAUCACAUAAUCACUUCGAUGGAACUUUACCAUCAGCGUACUUUUCGAAGUGGACUGCUAUGUCAUCACUUGGGCCCGACAAAGAUCACUCUUCCGAAAAGUACAUGGGAGAUGAAUCAAGCUAUGAUUCAUUGGUUUUGAUGAAUAAAGUUGUAGAGCUGGAGCUAGUACGUAUCUUAAAAAUCUUAACAGCAAUCGACUUUUCAGGAAACAAAUUUGAAGGAGAGAUUCCAAAGUCCAUCGGUCUAUUAAAAGAGCUUCAUGUGCUUAACUUGGCAAACAAUGCAUUCACUGGCCGUAUCCCUUCAUCUAUAGGGAACAUGAAAGCUCUCGAGUCCCUGGACGUUUCCCAAAACAAGCUUUCAGGAGAAAUUCCACAAGAGCUAGGGGACCUCUCAUUCCUUGCGUACAUGAACUUCUCUCAUAACCAGCUUUCAGGUCUAGUUCCAGGGGGCAAUCAGUUUCGGAUGCAGCCUUGCUCUUCUUUCGAGGACAAUAUGGAUCUUUUUGGCUCUUCUCUUGACGAAAUUUGCAGAGAUGCUCACACGCCAGCAUCACAUCAGCAGUAUGAAACACCGGAAUCAGAGGAAGCAGACGAAGAGGUGAUUAGUUGGAUAGCAGCUGCCAUAGGAUUCAUACCUGGUAUUUCCUUUGGAUUUACGAUUGGAUACAUAUUGGUUUCCCACAAACCAAAGUGGUUCACGAACCCUUUCGGCCGAAACAAUCGUAGACGGAGAAGCACUACAACUCACUAGAGAGAGGGUGUCCAAGAAAACAGCAAGAAUGAGGCGGGAGAGAGAAAGCUCAUACUAUAUGCAUUUAUGGUUUGAUAACGUUUAAGAGCUCUCAUUGCUUCUCCAUUAUUCAACAAGGAUGGAAACUUCAGGUGCCUCACCAAAACUAGCAAAGAUCUCUCGUUCUCAAGUGUCUAGUUAAUAAAUUUCUUAGCGCAUUUUGCUUGUGAAUAAGUGAACCAGAAGAACAUGUACGAUCUUUGGAAUGUUUUAAAGCUUUUAGUUUAAAUGUCAAUGUAAGUUUCAUGUAAUAGUUAAAAUCAAACCUUUUUAUGUCGAAGAGCAAUGGAAGUGAGUAAAAAACUAUCAUAUACCUAUUUUUCAGCAAGA